AUGGACACUGAACAACAAGUGACUAUUAAGAUUCUAUUUCAGGAGAGUGGGAGGCAACUAAUCUCCACAAUGGUUUAUGCAAAGUGUGAAUCUGCUGCAAGAUUAGAGUUGUGGGAUAGUAUAUAUUUCUUGGCAAGCUCUAUGAAUUUACCACGGAAGGUUGGUGGGGAUUUUAAUGUUAUUUUGAAUGAAGAAGAAAAAAUAGGUGGUUUACCUGUUUAUCCAUCAAAAUAUGAAGACUUUGCUUUUUGUGUAAAUUCUUGUGAACUAGGUGAAGUAGAAUUUAGAGGGAGUCCUUUUACUUGGUGGAAUGGAAGAGCUGGGCAAGAUUGCAUAUUCAAAAGAUUGGACAGAAUUCUAGUUAAUCAGCAGUAUCGGGACUGGUUUACUAACUUGAGCAUCGAACAUCUGUCAAGAAAAGGUUUAGACCAUGCUCCACUCUUGCUUUCAGUAGGAGAGCAGGUUCAGCAGUUUCAGAAGCAUUUUAGAUUUUUGAAAUUCUGGUUGGAUCAUGAGUCAUUCAUGGAUGCAGUGGAUCAACAUUGGAGAACUGAGUUUAUAGGAGAUCCAUUCAUUACAUUUACGCUAAAAAUGAAGAGCUUAAAGGUUGCUUUGUCUAGGUGGAGCAUCCAAUGGAAUUUAGAUGGAGAUAGGAAUACAAGAUAUUUUCAUAGUAUUGUAAAAGGAAGAAGAAAAAGGUUGUUGCUUACAAGAAUACAAAAUGCAGAUGGUGAAUGGGUGGACAAUGUGGAUGAUAUUGCUACUGAAGCUAUUUCAUUCUAUCAAAAUCAAUUUUCUCAGGAAAGUGGUAGAGUUGACUCGAAUUUACUAGAUCACAUUCCUGAGAGAAUCUCAGAGGAUUAA